AAAGAUCAGCUUAGAAUUUGUAAACAUGAGUGUAAUCGACGAAACAUGGGACUUUAAAAUAGAUAUUAAACAAUUAGAUAAAAAUUUAUUCUGUGAAUUCAAAUCUGAUGUGGGAAAUUUAUCUAAACAAAUCGCGAACCAGUUAGAUGGUUUACAAACACAGAACAUAAUUAAUUACUCUGGAAGGUCAGCUAAGAACAGUGACGACGAAUUAAGGAUGAUAACUGAAAAAAACAAACAAUUGGUACACGAUAUAAAAUUCAAAGUUGAAGAAUACGAGCAACAACAAGUGAAAUACAGCAAAUUUAAGUCAGAGCAAAAAUUACUUGCAAAUGAAAUCAAGGAUACCCAUGAGGCUUUUUUAAUGGCAAAAAAGUAUUAUAAGAAAUUUUUAAAAAUUUACUUCACCAUUGAAUCAAGAAAGGAUGGUAAAGAUGGGAUAUUUCUACAGUUCUUUACUGAAGCAAAGAAAGAAUCAAAAGGAAAUUCAGUUUAUUUGUUGAGGGACUCAAAAACUAAACAUUAUGAAGUGUUGGAGAUAAGACCAGGGCAAGAGAUUUGUAAAGAAGUUCAACAGAAACUUCAGGCUACGGAUGAUGUGCCCGGUGCUCUUUGCUACAUCAGACAACAUUUCAUGAAAAUGAAAAAAGGGAAAAAGGUAGAUUCAUAGAAAUCACUACAUUAUUCAGGCU